UUUGAACCACAACUGGGCGGCUACGUGGAAUUCGCAGGGCGGUUGGAACCAUGGACGGCCAGCGAGAUUCAGGACGAAACAGAGAGCCAGCAGAGUUCCAGAUCUCUGCUGAGCAGAUCCUCAUGGAGGCGUAUGAGAGGAAGAGUGAGCCCAUGAACAAGACACAAGUGAGAAUUGCAGACCUGGAGGAGCUCCACGAGAUGCAACGGAGGAAGAGACAGGAGUACGAGGAUGCACUCAGGAGAAACAGACUGGAUUUUGGCCAGUGGAUGAGGUAUGCGCAGUUUGAGAUUGACCAGCACGACAUGAGAAGAGCCAGAUCGAUAUUCGAAAGAGCGCUGGAGAUCAAUAGCCACCACGUUCCGAUGUGGAUCCGCUACAUCGAUUCUGAGCUGAAGACGAGGAACAUAAACCAUGCGAGAAACCUAUUUGACCGUGUUACUGCAUUGUUGCCGAGAGUGGAUAAGUUCUGGUUUAGAUAUGCGCAAACAGAGGAGGCGCUACAAAACGUCAACGGUACAAGAGAUGUGUUCAAGAGAUGGAUGAAGUGGGAGCCAGAUGGUCCUGCGUGGGACGCCUAUAUUAAUUUCGAAAAGAGGUACGACGAAUUUGAUAAUGUGCGGAAGAUAUUCAACAAGUACGUUGUAAUUCAUCCUACGUCUCAAACAUGGCUGAAGUGGGUCAAAUUCGAAAACGAUUAUGGUUCUUCUGACACGGUUAGAGAAGUGUAUACUGUGGCUAUAGAUUCGCUUCGAGAUGAAAGAUUGAUCACGAGUUUUGCUCAAUGGGAGGCAAAGCAGAAAGAAUGGGAAAGAUCAAGGGCAAUCUUCAAGUUUGGCUUGUUGAAUUUCCCCGAAUCCUCUUGGAUUCAGGAUCAAUUCUCGCAGUUUGAAAAACAGUACGGUGACAAAGACGGUAUUGAAACGUCGAUAGUCCACAAGAGGAAACUGAAAUACGAAUCAGAAUUGGCUAUUGAUCCUCAUGACUAUGAUACAUGGUGGGCAUACAUAUCGCUUUUGGAAUUGGAUUAUACAAUCGACGAAAGAAGGAAGGCUUUCGAAAAUGCGGUUUCCAACACACCAAUACAAUCGGAGAAGUCUUACUGGAAACGAUAUAUCUUCUUGUGGAUUAAAUAUGCCAUUUUUGAGGAGCUCAACGGUGAGAUUCAAAGAGCCAGAGAAGUUUAUGAAAGAGCUACAAGAGUCACUCCAAAGGGGUUUUCGUUUUCGAAGAUUUGGAUCUUGUUUGCGAAAUUUGAGGUUAGAAACUGUGAAAAUUAUGACGUUACAAGAGCGAGAAAAGUCAUGGGCCGUAGUAUUGGUGCCUAUCCAAAGAGGAAAAGUUUUGAAUUUUAUAUCUCGUUGGAGAUUAAACUGAAAGAGUUUGAUCGUGUUCGAAAGAUUUAUGAAAAGUAUAUUGAGAAUUUCACGCAAGACCCCAAAGUUUGGUUUGAAUACGCGGAGUUGGAAAGUGGAUUGAACGAUUUGGAUAGAGCAAGGGCCUUGUAUGAAUUAGCGCUUGAAACUGUGAACGAUAAAUCCCAAAUAUGGGAUCACUUUGUAAACUUUGAAUCAGAGCAGGGUGAAUAUGAUAAUGCCAGAAGUUUGCUAAGAAGACAAUUGGAAAGUGACAUUGAUUCCACCACAGUCUGGAUCAAGCGUGCAUUAUUUGAGUCUACUGUCCCCUCAGAAGAGCAAAUUCAACAAUACAAUGCAAAGGUUGAAGAGACCGGUGAUUAUGAAUUGGAGUUUGAAAUUGAGGUGUCACAAGACGCCAAAGUGAGGAGUCGUUCAAUCUUUGAAGAAGCAUUAUCCCAUUUCAAGAAGAAAGAACUCAAGGAACCAAGAUUGGUUAUUUUCGAGGCGUAUAAACAAUUCGAGGAACUCCAUGGUGAUCCUGUAUCACAAAUGAAACUGGAGGAACGACUCCCAACUGUUGUUUCAAAGACAAGAACGCUGGAUGACGGUUCACUACAGGAGUACUACGAUUACGUGUUUCCAGAUGAUAAGAAGGUUUCCAGUAAAUUCUUGGAGAUGGCAAAGAAAUGGUCAAAAAACAAGCAGUGAUACAAUACCUGUCUAUAGAAUACUGUUAAUAACCAAAUUAAUACUCUUUUUAUUUCAUCUACUGCGAUCCAUCAGUUCUUCUUUUCCUGUGGCGCUGGUGGUGAUGCAAGACCC